CGCACGCGCUGAUUCGGCUAGGGCGAUUAGUGUAGCCGUGUUAGCAAAACGUUUUAGAGCGGGUUUUUUUGUCCAAGCCAAAGGUCAUAUGAUCAAUAAAUGCUGACUGCUGAGAAAAUGCACAAGAUGAACGACAAAAAAUGUCAAAUUGGACCCGGAGACAGCACUCCUGUUCAUCCUUGGUACAAAGAAAGACUCCGCACUAAGUGUAUGAAGGACCCAGUUCAGAAGCUGCAGCUCUCCGGGGCCCUGAAUGGACGCAGAUGGCGCUUUUUGACUUCAGGACUUGAUGAUUUCAGAGAUGGCUACCCUGUACCCCAGGCAGGGACUUUCACACAGCCCCAGCGUGGAACUGAAGCUGCCAUUUUUGGCCUGUCUCAUAAGCCGGAGCCAGUAAAAUCACCAAAAAGACGUUUUACCAAAGAGCAGGCUUGCUUCUCCAAACAGAACUGCCUACGCCAGAGUCGCCACCGAUUUGUGGACGCAGUGGAGCAGAGCCUGAGCACACACCCCCUCGCUCUCUAUCCACACUUAGGAAGUGGCAUGCCACCUGAGCUGUUCUAUGACGUCUUGUCUGUCCUGGACCCAGCCCUGCACGUUAGGAUUGAGACACCUCUGGCUAAACGAGAGGAGUGUAGCAAAGAAGAUAUGGUGCCAUGUGAAGGCCUUAUUCAAGAGACUUUACCAGAUCCAACAACAGAAUCACCGAAUAGUCCAGUUUUCGGGCAGGACGAGGUAAAAAAAACUUCUUGGAAUCCUUAUAAAUUGAAGGAAGUUAAGGAGAGGUUUGCCAAAGAAGAUCGAAUGAUUAGCAACAAAAGCUUGCACUCCACCUCGAUGGAUGAAGAAAUCAAUAGAGUCACCAAGCUCUUCUGUGACUGGGUCACCUCGCUGGGUGAGGACACCAGUGACAUCACAGAGUCCACUAUCCUGAACCUGUUUGCCAGUGGCUGUGAAAAGAAGCCUGGCUUAGCAUUCCAAGAUGUUGGAACUAAUGAAAAACCAGAGGAGAUGCCUAAAGACGAUUCACACAACCAGGAACUGAAAGAUUCGGAGCUGAACAAGUUAUUCUCUCAACCCCAGGUGUAUACUCCUAGUAAAAAAACUACAUAUGGUGCAUGGUACUUAAACCCUAAAACGUGGAAGAAGCGGCCUGCAAAUGAGCCACUGAGAGACCCUUCAGUGACUGAAGACUGUGAGUUUGACCAACAACUCACUGAGAAGGAUGAAGAACUGAAGCAGAUGCAUGGAGCUCAGGCUUUUAAGCAGUUCAUCAUCAGUAAAGGAUUAAGAGUUCCUGGGGUAAAGAUAAACAAUCAUUUUCUCAGUUCUCUUUUUUUGGAGGAAGAGCGGGAGAACAGGAACAGAGUGACACAUGUUACAGCUUCAGCAUCUACACCCGCUGUAUCUGCCAUGCUUUAAAUACACCUCAGCUAUCAUUCAUGUUAAGCUAAGCAGUA